AUGUCCGUGGAAAAGCGGGAAGGAGCGCCACAAUCCGCUAGUGAGGAGCUUGGCGUGAAACAGGAAGAACACGAUGGGGGCGCCGAGCGAACAGAUUCACAGGUUGACAGCCAACCUGGCCCUCCUCCCAAUGGGGGAUGGGUAGCUUGGCUUCAGGUGACUGCCUCGUUUGUUCUCUACUUCAACACCCUAGGCCUUGUCAACACCUAUGGGGCCUUUCAAACCUACUAUGAGCACGAGUUGCUCCGGGAUAUCUCGCCCUCGGCCAUCUCAUGGAUCGGCUCCAUCCAGACAUUCUUCCUCAUGGCCGUAGGGGUCGUGAUCGGCCCGCUCUACGACCUGGGCUAUCUGCGCUCGCUGCUGAUUGCGGGGACCUUCCUAGUGACCUUUGGGUUCAUGAUGACCAGCAUAAGCACCGAGUAUUGGCAAGUGCUCCUGGCACAAGGAGUCGGCAUCGGCCUGGGGACCAGCUGUCUCUCCAUCCCCUGCAUCGCCCUCGUCCCUACCUAUUUCACCACGAGAAGGGCGCGGGCAAUGGGCCUGGCGACGGUGGGGAGCAGCCUGGGGGCGACCGUCUACCCCCUUAUUUUCCACAACCUGCAUCCGCGAAUCGGGUUUGGCUGGACCAUUCGAAUCAUCGGCCUCAUCGCCGGAAGCAUGUGCUGCUUCUCCACCGUGGUGAUGCGGCCUCGGGUAAAGCCCAAGCCGCCGGCGCCCGGCAAGAAGGGGGGGUUCAGCUCGGUCAAGGCGCUCGCCAAGACGGCCGGCCUCAAGGAGCGGCCCUACAUGAUGUUCUGCAUCGCCAUCCUGUUCAGCAACAUCGCCUUCUUCGAGCCGCUCUUCUACCUCGAGAGCUACGCCCUAGCCCACGGCAUGGAGGGCCGGAAGAUGGCCAACUACCUCCUGGUGAUCCUCAACGCCGCCUCCAUCCCCGGCCGCAUCGUCCCCUCCUUCGUCGCGGACCUGAUCGGGCCCCUCGACACCUUCCUCGCCAUCUGCGCCCUGACGGCCGCCACGACCUUCUACUGGGUCAGCGUGUCCAACGAGGCCGGCAACAUCGCCUUCGCCGUGCUGUACGGCUUCUUCUCCGGCGGCGUCGUGUCGCUCGCCCCCGUCGUGCUGACCACCAUCACCGCCGAUAUGGGCCGCCUCGGCACCCGGCUCGGCUUCGUCGCCGUCCUCAAGGGCUUCGGUUCCCUCGUCGGCCCGCCCGCUGCGGGCGCGCUGCUCGGCGCUACGGGGAGGUACCUUGGCGUGCAGCUCUUUGCUGCGUUUGCCAUCUCGCUCACGGCUUUUUUUACGCUUGUGCUGCGGUUUGUCGUGGCGCGUGGAAAGAUGGGCACAUCUGAGGCUGGCAAGGUGGAGAGUAGGAGUGGGGAGAGCGAUACGCAGGAGAGUGCGCGUGUAGGAUAG